CCAGGUGAUCAACUCCCCUAAACCUCCUCCAGUCCUCCCCACACUCUCUUUAUCUACUUUCCUUCCCACCAAAGUCUCUACUCUCUGUCUCUCUCUCUCUCUCUCUCUCCCUUCCUUAUAUAAACGCCAAAAUCUCUCUUAGUCUCUACUCUCUCUGUCUCUGAUCUCUCUUCCACAAUUCCAGGGCACAGAAGGAAAGCCUGAAGGAUGUCGGACUGGGGCCCUGUGUUUGUGGCUGUGGUGCUGUUCGUACUGUUAACUCCAGGUCUGCUUUUCCAGGUGCCCGGGCGCCACGGCUGCGUGGAGUUUGGCAACUUUCAGACCAGCGGGGCAUCCAUUCUCAUCCAUUCCCUCCUCUACUUUAGUCUCAUUUGCAUCUUCUUGCUCGCCGUUAAGAUUCACUUGUAUCUUGGUUAACCCCCCAACCCAAAAAAAAAAAUGGAGAAUUGGGGGGUGUGUGUUUUUAUUCAUAUCAUUUGUAACAUGAGCCGAUCGAGUGUUCUACGUACAUGUUAAUUCUAGUUAUUGAGUAAUAAUAUUGAGAAGGGCUUCUGAUUUGAGCGUGUCAUCUUA